AUGCCAUGGUUAAAAAGUAUCCAGGUUGUAUUUUUUAUCUUUGGUCUUGUGAUGGGCAUCUACAUGAUCGUCUUACUUGCUUUUGGUUUCUUGGCUACUGGGUUAACGCGGGAAAAUUUAUUUUCAAAUUUCAAAUCGGCCAUUGGCGGGCGUAUUUUUGCCGCGAUUCUGAUGGGGACGACAUACGUACUGAACACAAUCUGGUUGGGCAUAACAUUCUUGAGUGCAGUUCCUAUUAUCAUCUACAUAAUGGUCAAAUCCAUAUGUGUGAAUGAAAUCGAACAGAGGGACUAUUGUAAUAAUAACAACAACAACAAUAAUAAUAACUUUCCAAAUCGUGAUUUUUGGUACAAAUAUAAUGUGGUAUUUUUGGUGUACCAGGUAUAUGACGCUGGACCUAUGUACUGCUUUGCCUAUAUCGGCUCUUUCUUCAUAGUCGUCGGUUUAAAAAUCUUUUUAAUAUCAUUGUCUUCAAACUACCACCGAAUCAAAACCUCGCGGACAAUGAGAGAGUACAGGAGCUACAUCGACCUGACGGAGCCGAAUGCAUCAUGA